AUGACGAAGGUGACCGAAUUCAAAGUGGGCAUGACGUGCAACGGCUGUUCCGACGCCUGCACGCGCAUCCUCGGCAAGAUCGACGGCGUGACGGAUGUCCAGUGCGACAUGGAGAAGCAGCAGGUGUUGGUCGAGGGCGACGCUGAUGCCAACGUGAUGCUGGAGGCGCUGCUCAAGUGGUCAAAGGCCAGUGGCAAGAGCGUGGAGCUGGUAGCGUAG